GCGACAACUGUUUUAUUUAAUGAUACUAUGGAAAAAUAGGUAAUGAGAAAACUAUUUUGUUUAUUUACUUGAAUACAAACAGUAUUUUUUUACUUAAUCUGAUCAAGCAAUGUCCCUGUAAAAGGAUAUUAAUAUCCUCUGAGCGUCUUCAAAACGAUCUCUGCUCUGCCCUUACAAUUUUGGAAGAAGCGGAAAUAGUUUCUAGAAAUAGUACACGUAUCUUCUCGCCGGUUUACAAAAUAUGCCAUUAUCCAUAGCUUGAUGAUAUAUAUUAUACAGCCAAAUGGGCUAUCUAACACUAAAGUAAUUUAAAAAAUCGUACUAGUAGUUUUUUAAUAUCUCUGAACAAAGUUUUUCUUACAUUUUUAUAUGUUACCAUUUAUUACAUAGACUAUGUUAAGGUUACCAUUCGACCUCCUCGCAUCGUUAUGCUUAAUACGGUCGUAGUCCCACGUUUAUUGAGCGAUCUUUUUUUGAAUAUGUUGCGCUACCUUCUAAUAUAUGUAUUUGACAUUGAAGAACACGACAUGAAGCUUGGGGUUCAGCUUAUAGCGGAUUUCGUCCGAUCAUCUGCGAGCUACGACCGCUCUAACGUCUGCCUUUUACCUUUGACCUAACCCUUACCAAUACCAACCAUAAGUUAUUCAGUGUUUUUCGUACUUUCUGGCUGUGUCCGAAAAACUCGAAAACUCGUAAUAAGCACAUGUGGAAACCUUAACAUGAAAGGGGUUAAAGGUUAUGGUGGUGGAGCAAAAAAUAGUUACAGUCCUACGCAAAAACGAAUUUUAGUCACGCAGAUUUGAUAUAACCCCCAAUCAAAAACAACAAUAUUACUCAGGCCUUUGUGGCUGUCAACCUUUGUCUCGAAACAAAGGCCAUGAAGGCGAUUCAAAAACAAAGUUUAGUCAUUCGCAAAUUAAUCGAUGCCACCAUAUCAGGAAGCCCUACAUUUAGAUGUAGAGUUUAUCCACCCCGUACGCUACCGGCGCCGGCGCAGCCAGCCGUGACGGCGGCCAGCUCGCGGCACAGCAUUAGUGUCGCGGGCGCGUGCGCGGGAACACCUGGCCAGGGAACUACUGGAGCAGCCAACGCACGCCGACAUGAAGAGAAUCUUCAACAAAUUCAGAGAGAAAAUUACGUUUAAAGAGUUACCGCCGCCGUACAGUGAACGAGUGAACGAUUGUGAUGCUUAUGAAAUACAGAGAUACAAUAAUACGAGUGAUGCACCCCCAGCAUGCGAAGUCUUAGACUUGCUAGCGAACUGCAAGAUAUCUACUACAGAUGACAAUCCUGAUAACAGUGUGGAAUACGCAGAAAUACAGGAAAUGGGUCUCUGGCACUCUACGCCUUUAGCGCAUCGCCAUAAAUCAAAAAUAUCUCUUACGUGGGUGUUAAAAGAAAAUUUAGAAAAUGCGAAACUCACCACGGAAAAAUUUCAAACGGAAGAUAAGAUAAAAAAUACAAUAAUUAGGAAUGAAAUAGACAAGAACCACAAUCAGAAGUUAAAUGAAAACGAACGUUACAGAAAGUGCAAGUCGAGAGAUGGGAAAGAUAGGGUCGUGGGACGCAACGAGUAUUAUCAUAAUCUUAGGUUUAGGACCGCGUGUGAAGAGUUUGCUAAUGUGCACGACACUUACUCCGACACGAGUGUCGGUACGGAGGAGCACGUGAGGAGGAAGCACAGGCAUCGCCACAGGAGGAAGAAGAAGACUCACACAGAAAAAUUUGGAUACGACAUUCGAGAUUUGGAUAGCUUUCUUACAGAGGCCACGAUAGACCGUCCGGGAAACAUUCCCGUGGUAAUAGCCUACCCCAGCGUGUUGUACCAGACGCAGAAGGAAGGGCAGCAGGAGCUGGCACUGCCGCUAGGGACCGUCGUGAACGCGGUGUUCAAGAAUGAGCAGUGGCUGUACGCGCAGACGCCGCAUGGUGACGAGGGAUACGUGCUGUAUAGCGCGUGCUUACCACUAGGGAUACUGCCUAAUAGAACUUCGCCCCAAAAGAAAACUCCAUGUUGGGAAAGCAGUACCGACAUCUACCCGCGGCCCUGCGGCAAUCUGACAGACAACGAGAAGGAACAACUGCGAGGGAGAACUCGCUCCGAAUGCCGCUACCCGACUAAAACGAAACGCAGAUCCAAGACAUCCUGUGCGGAAAAGGACUUUGACACCCUAUAUUUAAAGACCAAAUCCGUGUGUUCCAAUUUAGAUAAAAUACACGAGAAGGAAAAACAAGUGAAGAGACAGACUCUUUUGGUGGUGAAUAGUGAUUAUACCGGGAGUGUGUUGAACAAAACGUUGUCGGUUCAAAAGGGGGAUGUGGUGGUGUUAGUGCAGGGAGGGAGCGUGGAGACGGAUGUGGACGCAGAGUGGUUCUAUGUAAAGAAGAGGGACGGCACCCAGGGAUUCAUACCUGCUGUAGUAGCCGGACACGGAUAUAUUUAAGUUAUUGAUACAGACUUUGAAAAUUGUGAUUCAGUGUUCAGGCAAAAUUAAACCUUAAGGUCAGAACGGUAAAGUUCAAACUUAGGAUACGCUUUAAAAUAAUGAAAUUGGCGCUUUAUAAUAACUUGUAAAUAAAACUGUUUUGUUAUAGCA